AUGGGAUCCUCUGGCUUAUUUACGGCCGCUCUUUCAGGCCUUUCUGGCCUUGACACCCUAUUCUACGCUAUUACAGGGCUGAUUUGCGCAUUCUACCUUGUGCGACCUUUCUUGUCCCCCUUACGCUCCGUUCCAGGGCCGUUCCUGGCCCGCUACACCGAUGCGUGGUUUGUAUGGCGAGUGCACCAAGGUCAUGUCGAGCAGGAUUUCAUAGCACUCCAUAAAAAGCACGGCGCUAUUGUAAGAUAUGGCCCCGACAGAUACAGUAUCAAGGACCUAGAGGCGCCCAAGAUCAUUUUCAGCCAGGGAAACUCAUUUGUCAAGAGCUCGUUGUAUCGUUCAUACGCCCUACGAAAGGAACAAGACUGGAACAUGUUCGCCGUCGAGAACCCCAAAGUGCACUCUCAGCUGCGGAGGCAACUUAAGAACGUGUACUCUCUGACCGUCCUCAUAUCCUACGAGCCAUAUGUGGAUGAGUGCGCUCGUGUCCUCAAACAGCGUCUAGAAGAGGUUUCUGUUGGCGGCUUGCCAAUCGACCUUGGCCACUGGCUCCAGUGUUAUUCAUUCGACGUGAUCGGCCUGAUCACAUAUGGGGCCAGAUUCGGCUUCCUAGACCGGGGCGAGGAUAUCCAUGGGAUCAUCUCUGCCAUCGAAGGAGCGCUAUAUGGUUCCUUCCACCUUGCCAUGUACCCAUCUCUCUGCGUGCCUGUGACCCUUCUUCGAAGAUGGCUCUCUGGAGACAAAUCAGGAUUUGCUUGUGUCGACAGGUUUGUUGAACAGCAAAUUCACAUGUACCGUGCCAACACCAAGACGGCAACACGAGAGCCAGACAAGGAAGAAAGCAGCACAAUGCAGUCGUUUCUUGAAAAGUUCCUCCAGAAGCACGAGGCGGACCCUACAAACUUCACAUUGAUGCACAUAUAUUCUGGUAGCGCUGCCAACGUAAGGGCGGGCUCUGAUACGACGGGCAUCAGCCUGUCUGCCAUCCUUUACUAUCUGCUGAAGACGCCCGACUGCUAUUUGAAGCUGCGGGAAGAAGCCGAUGCGGUCCAGCCAUGUCACAAGAAAGAUUUCACUUUCCACGAGGCCCUGGGCAUGCCUUUUCUUCAAGCCGUUAUUAAGGAGGCCCUGCGACUCCACCCGGCGUUCGGCGUGCCGAUUGAGCGGGUGGUGCCCGAAGGCGGUGCUACUAUCGCUGGUCGAUUUUUCCCAGCGGGAAAGAAGGUGUCAAUUCACUGCUGGGUGGAGAAUAGGAACGAGCUCAUCUUCGAAGACCCUGAUGAGUUCCGGCCGGAGAGGUGGCUCAUCGAAGACGAGAGCAAGCUCGCGCUCAUGAACCGCCAUUGGAUUCCGUUUGGGCUCGGCAGUCGAACUUGCAUCGGGAGGCACAUCUCCAUGCUCGAGAUAGCCAAGCUGGUUCCGCGUCUCGUUCGCGACUUUGACUUUAAGCUGGAAAGGCCCGAAGAUUUUUGGGGAACUAAGAACUGGACCUUUGUGAAGCCGCAAAACUUCACCGUCACUGUUAGCGUCCGCGGUGGCUAA